UCACUUGCCAGGAUUAUCUGGGUAUGUAACAAUUAAUCAUUUCCUUGGUAUUUUAGGGCUUGAGCACUGGUGCACCUCGGUCCCUCCUAUUCUCUGCUUGUGGCACAGUCCAGUCUUUUGUGGGCUGUAAUAUUUUGUCUAAUUUUCAGUUGCUGGAUUUAGUACACGGGUGGUGGUGGUGAUGGCAUCCUGUAAUAUACAGGAGGUCAGGCUAGAUGAUCUGGUGGUCCCUUCUGACCUUAAACUCUAUGACUCUAUAUCACAGCAAUGCUGAUGUAUUUGAAUCCAGGAGCAAAAAGGCAAAUUCUGGCCCUUGUACCAGUUUUUACAGAGCUUUGUACAUCAGGUCAACUUCCCAGAAUAGUGAAAGGCACACAGGUACACAGAUCAGUAACGGACACUCACAAACAGCAUGGGAUAGCAGUUGGAGAACUGCCAAGUAGUGCACAGCAGCAGUCCAUGAACAUGAAUAAUACAACACAUUAAUUCAAUUCUCAUUGAAAUUAAUGCACUUUAAAAGAGGAUUCCAGUGUUGGCAAUGAAUUUGGAGUUAAUGCGCUGUCAUGAUUUGUGUCAUGUGUACUCAGUCAUUUUCAUAUCAGAUUAAUUCAAAUUAAUGCAGAUUAACACAUAGACACACAUACAACCCAUGUAGACAAGCCCUCAGAGAACAAUUUGUGAGAUAAUGGCAUGGACUAAUCCAAAUGUGAACCCUAACCCUGAUUUUGCCUCAGACUCAGAUCUCAAACUCUGUAUGUAAUAAACCUGAUCUGGAUCCAAACACUGCUUCAUCAACUCAUCUCUCACUUCCUCAUUAAAUUUGCAGUCAGUCAAAGGCCUGGUCUACACUACGAGUUUAUGUUGAAAUUAGCAGCGUUAAAUCAAAUUAACCCUGCACCUGUCCACACAACGAAGCCAUUUUUUUGUCGACAUAAAGGGCUCUUAAAAUAGAUUUCUGUACUCCUCCCCGAUGAGGGGAUUAGCGCUGAAAUCGACAUCACCGUUUCAAAUUAGGGUUAGUGUGGACACAAUUCGACGGAGCUAUCCCACAGUGCACCAUUGUGACCGCUCUGGACAGCACUCUGAACUCGGAUGCAUUGUUCAGGUGUACAGGAAAAGCUCCGGGAACUUUUGAAUAUCAUUUCCUGUUUGGCCAGGCGAGCUCAUCAGCACAGGUGACCAUGCAGUCCCAGAAUCGAAAAAGAGCUCCAGCAUGGACCAAACGGGAGGUACUGGAUCUGAUUGCUGUAUGGGGAGACGAAUCCGUGCUAUCAGAACUAUGUUCCAAAAGACGAAAUGCCAAAACAUUUCAAAAAAUGUCCAAGGCCAUGAUGGACAGAGGCUACAGCAGGGACGCAACACGGUGCCGCGUGAAACUUAUGUAGCUCAGACAAGCAUACCAGAAAACCAAAGAAUCAAACGGACGCUCCGGGACAGAGCCCCAGACGUGCCUCUUCUAUGCUGAGCUGCAAGCAAUUCUAGGGGGGGCCGCCACCAUUACCCCACCCCUGUCCGUGGACUCUGAUAACGGGGUACUCUCCGCCAUGCCUGAGGAUUUUGCGGACGGGGAAGAUGAGGAGGAGGACGACCAAGCUUGAAGAGAGCACACAGUACACUAUUCUUCCUGACAGCCAGGAUCUUUUUAUCACCCUGACUAAAAUAGCCUCCCAACUCAACCAAGCCGGAGAAGGGACCUCUGCUGCAAAUGUUUCAAGCCUCCCUCCUCUGUCCCAAAGGCUAUCUCAGAUAAGGCGGCAAAAAAACCGCACAUGCGAUGAAAUGUUCUCUGAGUUCAUGCAGUCGUCCGGCACUGACAGAGCUCAGCAGAAUGUGUGGAGGGACACAGUAGCACAGUACAGGAAAGAAGCCAAUGAAUAUGAGGACAGGAGGGAUGAUCAAGAUGAGAGGUGGCAGCAGGAAGAUGAGAGGAGGCAGGAUGCAACGCUGGAGCUACUGCAGAAUCAAACGGACAUGCUCUGGCAUCUGAUGGAGGUUCAGGAACGGCAGCAGAAUCACAGACUGCUGCUGCAGCCCCUGUUUAACCACCUUCCCUCCUCCCCAAGUUCCAUAGCCUCCUCACCCAGACACCCAAGAACGCGGAGGGGGUGGAGGGGGCUCCGGGCACCCAACCACUCCACCCAGUGGACAGCCCAAGCAACAGAAGGCUGUCAUUCAACAAGUUUUGAAGUGGCCUUUUUCUUCCCUCCUACCCUCCUCCCACACCCCGCCCGGGCUACCUUGUGAG